AUGACGACAAGAUACCGAGUUGAAUAUGCGCUCAAGACCCAUCGCCGGGAUCAACUAAUUGAAUGGAUCAAAGGUCUACUGGCUGUUCCCUUUGUUUUGCAUUCCCAGCCCACCGCCAUUUACCAGGAACACGGUGAAGGGCUGAAGACCGUUGCUGCCGACACCCACCUGCGCUAUGCAGAAAUUAUGAGAGAUGUAGAAAAUUUGAUGCUCGAUCAUAUUCAUCAUCAUGAACGCAACGCCCCUGGAAAGUCCAAGUUGAAUUUACUUGUCCCCACUGUUGGCACGUUCUUUACCCAGUUGUACUUGGAAGAUGCAUUCAAAUAUCAGGAUCAAAAGCGGUUCAUCAGCCGGCGACGAUUUGUGGCCCCUUCAUUCAACGACAUCCGACUCAUUUUAAACUCUGCUCAAGUAUUGGGCCUUGUCCGCUCCAGUGAUGUGAAAUUGGUCACAUUCGAUGGAGAUGUGACUCUGUAUGAUGAUGGGGCUUGUCUCAUGCCUGACAACCCGGUAAUUCCCCGAAUCUUGCGACUUCUCCAACAGGAUCGCAAGGUCGGCAUUGUCACUGCAGCUGGGUACACCGACGCGCCCAAGUAUUAUGAGCGGUUACAGGGUCUCCUGGAUGCGAUACAUGAUUCGACUACUCUCACUGCUGAUCAGAAGCAAGGAUUGAUAGUCAUGGGUGGUGAGAGCAAUUUUCUGUUCCGCUUUGAUCCGACCUCGGAUGCCCGGCUGUGCUACGUGCCGCGGAGGGAGUGGCUUCUAGAGGAAAUGAAGGCCUGGAGUGAGGACGAUAUCACGCAGCUGCUCGAUCUAGCCGAGUCCGCCUUGCGUGCUUGUGCCGAAAAUUUGAACUUACCUGCUGCGGUUUUGCGUAAGGAUCGUGCGGUCGGUGUCUACCCUGUCAACGGCGUGCGGAUCAACCGGGAGCAAUUGGAAGAGACGGUUUUGGUUGUUCAAAACACAGUGCAGCGUUCGGCCGUUGGGUCGAGAUUGCCAUUCUGCGCUUUCAACGGCGGGAACGAUGUUUUUGUCGAUAUUGGCGACAAAUCAUGGGGUGUGCGUGCCUGUCAGCGCUACUUCGGGGAUAUCAGUCCAUCGAAAACUUUGCAUGUUGGUGAUCAAUUCUUGUCUGCUGGAGCCAAUGACUUCAAGGCUCGUCUUGCAUCCACAACUGCUUGGAUUGCAAGUCCUGCUGAGACUGUGGAUCUACUCGAUGAGUUGGAGAGUACAGUUCACCCGUAA